AUGGCGAGAACGGGGAGGACUGUUCACAAUAGUACUGGUAAAGGCAGAUGCAGGGGAGACUGACGAUUCAAACAUAUGAUCAGUUUGUUUUCACGGAUUUCCAGGAUGAGUGCUUCCCCGUAUUUCACCUCAAAAGGAAGACAAACACGCUCGGCGGCUAGAGAAGCAAUCGCAGCUUUGUCAACGAACCAAAAGGAACCAAGAAGGCACAUCAAAAUCGAAUACGAGAAGCGACAUGAAGAAGACUCGUCAAGGGACGACAAGAAAACUGAAGAUGUUGUGGCCAAAAAGCGUAAAAAAGACACUUCCACGGCACAAACACAAGGUUCAACUUGGCAACCUCUGAACUGGAGAGAGUAG